AUGGAGCUACCAGUACCAUGGAGUUCUCUCAUCGGCGUGGCGCUGUUCCUUGUAGCCGUGCUCCUUCGCCGGCGGCGGUCCAGCUCCAGCAAGUACAUGCUGCCGCCGGGCCCUCGGCCAUGGCCGGUGAUCGGCAACCUGAACCUGAUCGGGCCACUCCCGCACCGCUCAAUGCACGAGCUCUCCACGCGGUACGGGCCACUCAUGUCGCUGCGGUUCGGCUCCUACCCCGUCGUCGUCGGCUCAUCCGUCGACAUGGCGAAAUUCUUCCUCAAGACCCACGACCUGGCGUUCCUCGACCGCCCCGCCGUGGCCUCGGCUAGGCACAUCCUCUACAACGGUUCCGACGUGCUGUGGGCGCCGUACGGUCCGUACUGGCGCCAGGGGCGCAAGCUGUACCAGAACGAGCUCCUCAGCGCGAGCCGGAUCAAAUCGACAGAGCAUAUCCGCAUCGAGGAGGUGCGCUGCAUGCUGCGGGAUGUGUCGGCGGCCGCGUCCCGCGACGGAGGCGCGGUGGUGCGGCUCAAGGACCACCUCUCCAUGGCGAGGUUCAACGUGGUCUCGCGCAUGGCGCUAGGCAGGAAGUACAUCUUCGACGGCGCCGGCUCGCUGAUGCCGCCGGAGGCGUUCCGGUGGAUGAUCCAGGAGUUCUUCUUCCUCAACGGCGUGGUGAACGUCGGGGACGUGAUCCCGUGGCUCAGCUUUCUGGACCUGCAGGGGUACAUCAAGAGGAUGAAGAGACUGAGCAAAAUGAUCGACCCGUUGCCCGAGCACGUCCUGGUCGAGCACAGUGAGCGGCGACGGCGACAGGGCGAGGGCUUUGUGCCGAGGGACAUGGACAUCAUCGCCGCUGGCGCGGAUACCUCAGCGGUCGCCACCGAGUGGGCUCUCUCGGAGCUUCUAAGGAAUCCCGAGGCCAUGGCCAAGGCCACGGGCGAGCUGGACCGUGUCGUCGGCGGUGGCAGGCUGGUCACGGAGGAGGACAUCCCGUGCCUCCCGUACCUGGAUGCUGUGGACACCUCCGUGGGCGCCUACGAUAUCCCGGCCGGCACCCGCGUGUUCGUUAACGUCUGGGCCAUUGCCCGCGACCCUGCUCUGUGGGGGGACGCCUCGGAGGAGUUCCGGCCGGAGCGCUUCGUCGGGAGCGGAGUGGACGUGAAGGGCCACGACUUGGAGUUCCUGCCGUUUGGGUCCGGCCGCCGGAUGUGCCCGGGCCUCGGCCUCGGGAUGAAGAUGGUGCAGCUGAUGCUAGCAAACCUUCUUCAAGCCUUUGCAUGGAGGCUCCCCGACGGCGUGGGUGUGGACGACCUGAGCAUGGAGGAGAAAUUCGGGCUGUCCAUGCCGCGAAUGGUCCCGCUUGAGGCCGUACCUGAGCCCAAGCUCCCUGCUCACUUGUACGAUGGGCCAUGUCCAUGA